AUGGAGCCCGACAACGGUCUUGUCUUCGUGAAUGUAGCCCAUCCCGAUGAAAUCCAUGCCAAAGACACGCAGCGAACAAUCCGGAAGCGCGUCAUGCGCGACAUUGGUCGCUCGCGACGAAGACAGAAACGCCCCCCGGCCCUGACCUUCGCUUGGCAACCGACCAGUAUCUCCCCGACUCUAUCUCUAGAAUCAAGUUCGUUGCCCGUGGAGCUAGACCCGCGAGCUCGCGAACUGAUUCACUUCAUGCACGCCGAAGCCGAUUAUCAAUAUCGCCCAUUCCGAACAGUCUGGUUCACUAUGUCUCUGCACGACCAUAGUGCCUUCAGGCUAGCCCUGGCCAAUGCAGCUAUGUUUCUGGAUGAGAAGCACCAUCCCCAGACCUUCCGCUACGAUCAUUGCCAUGAAGCGCUGAAGUACUAUGGCCAGUGUGUUCGCCAGAUCACCGACCGGCUUGCAGAUCCAACAGACUGUACCAGCGAGGGUGUUGUCACCACAAUCCUCGGACUGAUCUGUCACGAUUUAUACGUGGGCACAUGGGAUCGCUGGGCGUAUCAUAUUCGUGGCCUGGAGCGAAUAUUCCAAAUCAGAGGCGGGUUUCACGGUUUGAAUGGGAAUCUUCAUCUCUUCGCUUACUGGUUCGAUGUUAUGGGCUCCGUUCUUCAGGACAGUCCGCCGCGUCUAUCUGGGUAUCCUUCUCCUUCCAGCUUUCCAAACAAAUGGCGGAGUGCGCCUUUCAAAAGCAUACUCAGUGAACUAUACGUGCACUCUGAGGAUCUCGCUCUCGCCAUCAACCGAAUCGCUGCUGUGUCUGAUUUUGUGAAUGCCUAUUGUCGUCGACCCCGAUUCUGGACACAGGAAGAUGAUCUCAGUCCUCUCAGCAUGCUGAGUCCGGCUACUCAUAUAUUACUGUCCCUGUCACGAUUUGAUGCCGCCGACAAUUCAAAUUGUUUUGAAUUUGUUCAUGAAAUGACGCGUCUUGCUUUGCUUAUCUUACUGGCGGGACUGAAAAGUGCUUAUGCAUUGGCAGCAGCAGAGAUGGGCUUGCUUCAGAGCAAAUUAUCUCGUCUGCUUCGUGGAGACGUGACUGAUAACUCUUCAUUUAUAUUGCCCGGUCUGCAAGUCUGGUCUCUUGUGACUGCUGCAUUGCUUCAAACUCCAGGCCCAGAAAGAAGCCUCUACGUCCAGGAGAUCUCUCGAAGGAUGUCUGCCAUUCACCUCGCCGACGGCUCAGCUACAAUCGAUUUUUCUCGUCAGAUAGUCUGGAUCGAAAUCCUUGGACAACCAGACACUAUAAAAUCUUUAAUAUCCGAGAUUGACACUGCUCACUCCACAAGAACAAAAUACAGAACACCAUCACCUUGA